ACUGUAAAUGAAGAAAACUGCAUCACUAUCAGUAUUUUGUAAAUUGUCGUGAAGUUCUGCACUUGUGAGUUCUUCACGUGUUCCUUAUGGAAGCGUGGUGUGUGAAGAGGUCAUGCAGAGGUGAUGGGCACGAGACAUGAAUGUGGAGAGCUUGUGUAGCAUUGAGUACUGCAUGGCAACACCAGGAGGUGGAAAUGACAAAAGUGGCUGGAGAUACAAGUGCUGUGUUUCUUUCCCUUACCAUUUGUAAAGUUUUCAUACCUUACAUAUUUCUCCGUUUAUUUAUUGGACAGCCUGCAAAGAGUAAGCGUCCCAAAGAACCUGGAGAAAACAAAAUUAAGCCUGUUAACAAGAAAGUAAAACCCAAGGCUCCCAAAAUGAAGGAGAGAGAAUCCAUGGACUCCUCUUUGAAGUCUCAGUCCAUACUGACACAGAUGAUGGAUAAAGGUCAUUUCCAGAAACUAGCAGCCACCUUAAGCCUAGCUGCAGGAGAAACCAUAGAACUGCGAUGUAAGGGGAAUAAUGUUACUUGGAGCUAUCCUCCUUAUUUAGACACCUUUAAAGACUCCAGACUCAGCAUAAAGCAGCUCGACAGGUAUAGUCAGCUGAUCCUUGCAAACUCCACUGCAGCAGACACAGGUGAAUACAGCUGCUGGCUUCAGCUGUGCAGUGGUAACAAAUGCAGGAAGGAUGAGACUAAAACAGGGUCAACAUACAUCUUUUUCACAGACAAAGAGGAACUUUUUGUACCUACUCCCAGUUAUUUUGAGAUUGUCUACCUGAACCCAGAUAAACCUGCAGUCAUCCCAUGCCGUGUUACUACUCCUUCAGCAAAAGUGACUCUUCACAGGGAAUUUCCAGCAGGAGAAAUUGAAACAGAUGGAACUGAUAUUAUUUAUGAUGCAAAGAAGGGUUUUGUAUUCCAGCACCCUACUUCUGAUCAUAAAGGUAUUGUCUACUGCAAAGCAGAGUCACAGGGAGCACCUCAGAUUUCCAUCAAAUACCACCUACUGUAUGUGGAAGUUCCCAAGGGCCCACCCUCAACCACAAUUGCAGUGUCAUCCAGUAGAGCCGGACUCAGUGACAGAGUUCAUGUGGUCUGCACAGUCCUCGGGGAGCCUGAUGUGGAUGUGAACUUCAAGUGGCAGUAUCCAGGACAAGAGUCUGGGAGGCCUGUGAUUAUUCAAAACUUCUGGAGAUUGAUAAACAGAGGAAUUGGACACACUACAAGAAUCUCAAAGAGUGUUCUUCUUGUGGAGGAUUUUGAAGACAUAGAUGUGGGAAACUAUGUUUGUAUAGCUCAGAACCUACAAGGAGAAACAACAGUAGCUACCAAAGUUGAACUGAAGUGAUAGGAAAGACUUCUGGAUGUGGACUGGCCUCUGUUAUUUGACAUUACAGCAAUAAAUUUUCUUUAUUAAGGUUUAAAUAUAGCUUCUCACUCACUGUUUCUUUUAUAUGUCAAUGCAUUGCAUGUUGACUGGCUUGACAGGCCACAACAGAGUUUACUCUGUCCAGCAGUAGUCAGUUGUGAGUUAAUGAAACUACUAUGAAGCAUGAAAGUUGUAGUCUGAACAUGCAUAGGGCGUGUGCAUAUUUAGAAACAGGUGCUCUUUCAGCUUUUCUUUGCAUAUAGUCUUUCCCUCAGACUCUUGCAUGAGGUCAACCCGCUGUGUGGAACAUGCAAUUUUAAGAGUGCUGUACAUGUUUAAAACAACAACAAAAAAGCAAACUAAAAAAGCCUUGUAGCAAAGUUAACCAAUAGCAGUUGUUUAUUUUGCAAGAAUAAUUAAAUUUCUGAACAUUAUGAAAACAUAAAUGUGUGUGUGCUCAUUUUCAUAUAUGUGUAAAAACAAACACAAAUAAAAUUUUUUCUCCUGGUGAAGA